AUGAUCGUACCGCCCAAGCUCCCCUCCAAACACGAUGCGGCCGUCAAGCUCCUCCCCUCCGAAGCCAACAGCACCCGCAAGAACCCAGCGACUGAUCUCAACCAUGUUCUCGAUAAGCUACACCACACCACAGAGCUCCAGCAUGUCUCCCAAGCCCCAAAAAUCGAACAACCGCAGAAAAACGUCAGCGACGCAGCCAUGACGAAAGUGCACCGAGACCCCAAAUCGCUCCAAGUAGCCGAACCCAAGACCCUGCUCCGCGCAGCCGGCCAGUCCGUGUCCGGCCACAAAGCAGAGCUGUUAGAUCGUUUAAUGGGAGUAGGUGACGACGACGAUUACUUCUCCAUAGACGAAGAUGGCAACCGACUCCCGCCCCGCGACAUGAACCCCCAACUCGACCCCGCCUCCCUCGUCGGGCACCGCAUCCAACGCUUCCAAAUCAGCGCGGACCCAGGCUCCGUCUUGCCCACCGAUCAAGGCCCCGUCGCCAUCACGUUCCCGGGAGUCGCGUUCUCCAAAUACGCAGACAGUGCGGCCGACGCGGCAUUCGCUGGCGGGACUCGAGUCCGUCGAGCAAGUGACCGAAACGUCGUACCUCGGCUGGCGCGUGCGGAACGCGAGACGCGGGAGAAGAAAGAGAAGAGGUCUGCUGACCGUAAACGCGGCGGUCGUCGGCUUGAGGGAAGGGUCCGGACGUCGGGGAGAACAGGGUCGUGGGGAUCCGGUGCGAGGGGAUGCGGCAGAUGGGGGGUUCCGUGUUCGCGGAGGAUGACGUGCGGGAUGUUUGGUUUGCUACGGGCGGGCGCGCAGGUGCGGGGAUGUGAUGUGGCCGAGGCUUGGACUGGGAGGGGGGUUCGGAAGCCGGAAUGGGAGCGGUGA